AUGGGAAUUACACGGAAACACAACAUCAAAGAUUACUGGUCUACAGCGAACCACAAAUUCACACCAUGGUUCAAGGUAAUGUUUCCAAGAACUAAGUUCUUGCUUGUUUACCAGUCAAUGCAGCAUGCAUCAGAACCCAACGCACAAGGCCAAGCAAAGACUGAGCCAUUUGUGAAUAAUCUAGUAACAAAGUUUCAGUCAGCAUUUUACCCAUAUGAAAAUCUUUCUGUUGAUGAGAUGGUGAUUGGUUUCAAGGGCAGGUUUCAUGCUAAACAGUACAAUGCAGCCAAGCCUCACAAGUAUCAUAUAAAGACAUUUGGUCUUUGUGAUUCAAUCACAGGCUAUGUUUAUAAUCUGCUAAUUUACUUUGGAGCAAAAACUGCCUACAAUCCUGAGCUUGAUCCAACAUCAACUCAUCAACUUUACCACCAUCUAUUUGCAGAUAGAUUUUAUACAUCACUCCCUCUCAUUCAAUUUCUUUUAUCCAUGAAAUUGAAUUAUACUGGCACGGUGAAUAAAAACCGCAAAGGAUUACCGCAGCAGCUAAAACAACAACCAACCAUCUUUGGAACUCCGAGAUGGUUAGUUAAUAAUGAGCAGAAUAUCCUUUGCGUUUCCUGGAGGGAUAAAAAUUCCAAAAAACCUUGCAUCCUACUGACCACAAAUGGAAGUUCUACAUUUGAGGAAGGCCAGAAAGGGAGUCAAAAGGUUCAGAAACCUAGCCCCAUUCACUCAUACAAUAUGAGUAUGAAUGGCUGUGAUCGUUUGGAUCAAAUGGUCUCGUACUAUAGUAACCACAAUCGCAAAACUAAGAAGUGGUGGAAAAAGGUUUUCACAUGGAUUGUGGAAGUGACGCAGGUAAAUGCUUACAUCUUGUACAUGUUAUCCCAUCGUGCUGCCCCCAAGCGAAUGAUUCUCGCACAUUUCAAAGACGAGCUCAUCCAGCAACUAACUGCGCUCUCAUGUCAUGAAGUUCCAACAGACAUGAUCAUUGCUGUGGCUCGCAUACCAGGCAAAAGGCCAGCCUUGUCUGACAGUUUUGUUGGGGCAGACCAUUUAGUUGAUAUGCUGGUGCAGACAGGCAAUGUGUACAGUGCAGCAAGAAAAAGAUUUGAAAAAGCAGCAGGUUUUACUGUGUUAGAUGUGCUGAUAAGCCUAAUCUGUGCCCCAAUGCAUGUUUUAGGGCACAUCACACCCAGUAAGGUGGUUGUAUUCAAGAUCAAUAUCAUCAUCAUUGUCAGAUAA